AUGCGGCCCUUGGACAUCGUAGAGCUGGCGGAGCCGGAGGAGGUGGAGGUGCUGGAGCCUGAGGAGGACUUCGAGCAGUUCCUGCUGCCGGUCAUCAACGAGAUGCGCGAGGACAUCGCGGCGCUGUCCCGCGAGCACGGGCGGGCCUACUUGCGGAACCGGAGCAAGCUGUGGGAGAUGGACAAUAUGCUCAUCCAGAUAAAGACGCAGGUGGAGGCCUCGGAGGAGAGCGCGCUCAACCAUCUGCAGAAUCCGGACGACGGAGUCGAGGGCCGGGGGACCAAAAGGUGCGAGAAGGCGGAGGAGAAGGCCAAGGAGAUCGCGAAGAUGGCAGAGAUGCUGGUGGAGCUGGUGCGGCGGAUAGAGAAGAGCGAGUCUUCCUGA